AUACAUUUUUAGUUGUUGUAUUUUCAGGUUAUGAUAAAAGUUUUUCAAGUUAAAAUAAAAAGUUUUCAUUUCAAUUUUGUGAUUAAAAGAUUCUGUGUUAUGGCCCCUACAAGAGCUUCUUUGAAAAGAGAGAUGGCUGAGGCUGAAAAUGUGGUAGAAAAGAAAAAGGCAAAAGAAGAGAAUGGAAAUGGAGAAAAGGCCACAGAAAAAAGAGAAGAAGAGAAUAAAGUUGUAGAAAAAAAGCUGGAAACAAAAGAUGGCCGUCAAUUUAAUCUAAAGAUAAGUUCGUGGAAUGUAGCUGGGGUUCGAGCAUGGGUGAAAAAAGAUGGGGUAAAGUGGGUGAAGGGAGAAAGCCCUGAUAUAUUCACUCUGCAAGAAACUAAGUGCUCCGAGAAAGAUAUCCCACAGGAGUUAAAAGAUUUGAAGGAAUAUCAUAUGUCAUGGAAUGUAGCAAAGUCAACCAAGGGGUUUAGUGGUGUGGGUUUGUUCUCCAAGGUUAAACCAUUAGAAGUCAAAUUUGGCAUUGGAGUUGAAGAACAUGAUCAAGAAGGUCGAACCAUCACUGCUGAAUAUGACAAGUUUUACCUCGUAUCCACUUACGUGCCCAAUGCUCAACGUGGGCUUAAGAGAUUGGAAUAUAGAUUGAAAUGGAACUCAGAUUUUCUCGCUUAUAUCAAAUCCCUGGAUGAGAAGAAGCCAGUUGUGUUGUGUGGGGAUAUGAAUGUUUCGCAUCAUGAAAUAGAUCUGGCAAAUCCGAAAGGAAACAAGAAAAAUGCUGGUUUCUCACAAGAAGAAAGGGAUGGAAUGACUGAGUUACUGCAGAGUGGUUUUACUGAUACAUAUCGUGAUCUUUAUCCUGAUCUUACAGGACAAUAUACUUUCUGGACAUACAUGGGAAACUGCAGAGCUAAGAAUGUUGGUUGGAGAUUGGAUUAUUUUAUCUUGUCCAACAAAUGGAAGGAUAAUGUAUGCGACAACAUUAUUGAAACAUCAGCUAUGGGGAGUGAUCAUUGUCCAAUUACUUUGUUACUUGCUGUGCCAUAACCACUUAGUGGGUGGACGACAUAUGAACAAGUUUAAUCUGCCGCACACAUCUUGCUAGGCUAAACAAUUUAAUAACUUACUGCCAGUAUAUGAUUUAAAGUUUUGUUUCAUUUUCCCAUGACAUUCAAACGCAACGUAUACAAAGAGGAAGUGUUGUUGUACCCCAAUGUCUAAAAUACAGACAAGUAUUCAACCAUCCCAGUCUAUUAUAACCAAUGCAAUCGCUGUGUUAGGCUUCAGUAAGGGUGUAAUGCCACUUGAUUGGUAUAAAACUUGCUUGUGUGUCUUUUAAAACUAAGUUGUCACCAAAGCUAACAGCAAUUUGAUUGGUUAAAAAUAGGAGGAUAACUUCGUACAAGUCUGUAUUUUAAAAAUGUUUGUAAAAUGUAAAUAUUAUUUUCACUGCGUUUGUUGGGGUAUGUUCCGCCAUCGUGUUUGUUAUUUCAAUGUUAAUUUCCAACAAAGAUUCUCAAAAUAAUGAGACAGCUUGAAUGUCAAUGUUUGUUCAUUGGGUAAUUCUCCGGACUUGAAAGUCUACUAGUUUUGUUAGCUGCACUUUAUAUGACUGUGCUGUAACAUAUCACUGCCAUGCUUUGUUUGUUUUUCAAUCCCCCUAAGUUUGAACCACAUAAUCACUAAGUCAAUUAAUAAUUAUCAAUUUAUCAUGGUCCAGUUUCUUCAAUGUUUCGAUAUUGUUUUAGUAAUAUGUAUACUGGAUGGUUUUUUGAUUUCUUUGAUUUCAUACAAAGUUUAAUCACACAUUUGUCUUGUUUAGAGCCAAUAUUACUUUACCAAGUUAAGAAAAGAGACAGGAGUGUGGUGUGCUUACAUUAAAAAGGAAAUUAAAUAAAAAUUCUACUUUUUCACAUGAUUUAUUGGUGCAAAAUGUAAAGCAUUCACAAUCGCUUUAUUAGAAAAACGUAACUACUACGAUAUCUUUAAAGGGGGUUACACAAUGUAUUUGUGUUAGGUGUAUCUAGGUAAAAAUCAUUUUCAACAUUUUCGUAUUUAGCUUUUUUUAUUAAAAAAAUUUCUAAAUUUUUCACCCAACCUUUCUAUUCGUUUUUAG